UACACAUUUGGGACUGGUUCACAGGCACUGAAGUUGAGCAGGCAGAUGUGUUUGAUACAUAUUCAAGAAUUCUUAAGUCUUGUCAGUUCCCUCAGCCCUGUGCUGUGAUGUUGCCUAGGUCAUACAUGCUGAUCAAGUUACUGUACCAGAAUGCAGCUAAACAGUCCAUGUCUCACAUAUGUGUUAUUCGAGUGGGAUCUGGGUGUUCAAAACGACAGCUAUGUGGUUUAGUACGACACAUCAAUGAAAGCAGUUUGAUGGUUGAAAGACAUGAUGGCCUAUGUUAUGACCAUCAGUCCUACCUGCGGGCAAAGAUUGUCAUGUGGUCACGAUUACUUAGCACAGAUAAUAUUAAACCACCAGCUGAUAAAGUGGCACAGAUUGUGGAAGAUGAGAAAAGUGAAAGAAAAUGGAUAGAAAAGAAGUCUUUAGAUGUUGGAACUGAAGUGUCUUCUGUGGAAAAGAAACCAGUAACUGAUAAGGAAUCAGCACAAGUUGUAGUCAUUGAGAAGAAAAGCCUCAUGACACCGGCAGAGCAGCAAAGUGCAAAAACCAACAUGCUGAAGGAAGUAGUCAGUAAAGGCAAGAAGCGUGUUCGAGUGGACCUUACUGCUUCUUCAAUGGAACGCAAUUUCAUCACACCUCUCAGGGCAAUGACAGACUUUCUCCUGAAACCCAGCGACCUAGAAGGACUUCGUAAAACUAAAAGACGAUCGCCCUAUGAGAAUGAGCCACCUAUAACAGUGUAUUGGAGGAAAGAUGUUGAAUCGAAGGCUAUAGAGGUGUGGGGAUCUCAUGAAAAGUUGCUGAAUGAACUCCACAUCAGUGAUGCCAGGAGGAAAACUUACCAACAAAUUGAACCAGGAAAUAAGGAGAAUGAUGUAUUUACAGUGAAGAGACGGUUGAGAGAUUUUAGACGAGAGCAAGGGUACAGAGCAGAUCUCUCAGCAGAGUCUGGUCUUCUGGGAGCAUCAGGAAGAGUUGUGCUGACUGCCAUUGCAAUUAAUGGAAGCAAUUUCCUGUUCAAGCUAUUUGCCUGGUUGUAUACAGGAUCACACAGUAUGUUUGCUGAGAGUAUACAUUCACUUGCUGACACCAUAAAUCAACUGAUUCUAGCGUAUGGCAUACAUAAAUCUGUUCAGCAAGCUGACCCGGACCAUCCAUAUGGCUACAGUAACAUGAAGUACGUGGCAUCCCUUAUUUCAGGUGUAGGGAUUUUCUGUGUUGGAACUGGGCUGUCUAUCUACCAUGGUGUGACAGGUCUUCUCAGUCCCAUGCCAACAGAAUCAUUUUACUGGGCAUUCUUUAUUUUGGGAGGAUCAUUGGUUUCUGAAGGAGCAACUCUCCUGGUGGCUGUGAACUCAAUCCGGAAAGGAGCACGGCAAAACAAGAUGACUUUCACAGAAUAUGUUCUACGAGGCCAGGACCCUAGUGUGAAUGUAGUGCUGAUGGAAGACCUGGCUGCAGUGAUAGGUGUUGGCGUGGCAGGAGUUUGUAUGGGCCUAACAGUGCAUUAUGGAAGUGCGAUUCCUGAUGCAAUAGGUUCAGUGUUGGUGGGAGGCAUUCUGGGUGGUGUUGCCUCUUUUCUAAUUUAUACAAAUGUUGCAGCUCUUGUUGGCAGGUCCAUUCCACAAGAGAGGCUUGAUAACAUCAACUCACAGCUAGAAUCUGAUGUGAUGAUUCGAGCAAUCCACGAUGUUAAGGGUAUUGACAUGGGGAACUCACUUGUGCGGUAUAAAGCUGAACUGGACUUUGAUGGUCGAGAACUCAGCAGAAGCUACCUUGAUAAGCAGGAUUUGAAUAUACUUCUGGAGGAAGUACAGAAAAUGAAAAACAUUGAUGAAUUGGAGGCCUUCAUGUUGAAACAUGGGGAGAACAUUGUGGACAUGAUGGGAGCAGAGAUUGACAGGAUUGAAAUGAAGCUUCGAAAAAAUCACCCAGAAAUCCGUCAUUGUGACUUAGAAAUCUUGUAACAAAAGCUGUGGCGGUCAUUGUAAGUACAUGGAGCAGUUUAUAUUUUUGUUACUUAUAUAUAUUAUUUAUUAUUUUCAAUACAUUUAUUCCAUAGAUUGUAAUAUUUAUGUAACUGCUGCCAUUUUUAUGCCAGGGUUGUCAACCUGUAUAACUAGUACAUGUGACAGUUUGUCAAACUCUUUAUAAUUUCUGCAUUUUCUGCAGCUAUGAAUAUAAGUAAUAAUGCAACAGUAUUCUGUGUAUUAAAUUUGUGUCAGUCAGGUAGAGGGGGGCUUAGAUCAAAGAGUAGACAAAUUCUCUAGUACUUUCUCAUAUAGCAGAAACUCAAGCACUUUUAAAGCUGAAAUAUAAGGAAACUAAGGUCAUUACAUUAUUAAAAUACAGGGAUAUAUGAAUAGUUUAAAUAUCAAACUGUUCAUGAACAUUUAUAAGUUUGUUUUAAGUUUAAAGUCUAAAGGAAAAAUAUGUUCCUGGUCUACAGACACACAUGAAAAUCUUUUCUCUGGCCAAAUACAUGUUAAUGAAUGUUAAUAACAAAUAUCCUGUUCCAGUUUAGUCAGCUUUGGCCACCACAUUAUUAGAUUUAGGUAAAACUUGUUUGAAUCAUGUUCAGUCACAUCGAAUGAUUUGCACUUCUUCCUCUAAAUAUUUGUCGUCUCUGUUGUGGCAGGGUUAUGUGGCACACACUUGAAGACUAUAAAAAUUCUAUUGCUUCUAAAAAGUGCAGAAGUAUAUUAAUGUAACUAUGGUCUGAUUUAUAUACCAUUUGCAAAUCAUAGAGUCAACGUUUUAACUUCCAUAAUUUAUAGAACAGCAUUUUUCUACCUUUUUUUUCUACCCAUAUGUUCAUAUGUUAUACAGUAACCUUUCUUGUAAACCUUAGCUACUUACUCUAUGGAGCAGAAUCCUCCUUGUGAAGCUGACAGUCACUCAGCUGGUCAAGAAGUAUCCUGAUUAUUAUGGAAUCUGAAGGUUUGUUACCAUUCAGAUUAUGGUCUUGUGGGUUGUGACCAUGUAAUGUAAGUGUUACCAGUGUUCAUUGCCAGACACUUUCCUGAGCCAGUUAAUUCCAACCCACAUCCACUUUAAUAUUGUCCUCUCAUCUUUGUCUCCAAAGUGGUAUUUUUCUCUUCUCUUCAGGUUUUCCAUCGAAACAUUCUAUACAUUUUUCAUCUUCCCAUGUAUUCUACAUGUCCCACCAAUGUAAUUUCCGUAUAAUUCACAAAAGUAAAGUUAAUUAGAAAUGUGGUAACAGUUACUAAUGUUUCAGAAGAACUUACUGUUUCUUCCUUUAGGGUUGAAGUCACAGAAAGGUAGUGCAGAGGAUUUGUGUAGGAAUGUAACAGAUUUUCAUGAAUUUUGAUUGGUCUAGAACAGAGGUUCUAAGAUCUUGGUACAUGUUGUGUUGCUUACAUGCUUUUCUGUAAAAUUGGUAAAGAAUAGGUACCUGAAAAGAUGUCUUGUUUAUGUCAGCAUUUGGCAGACUGUUGUUCAGCUUAGUGAAGAACAAUCAAGGACACUCGAGCAAAAUUAGUGUCGGAUAUCUCUUACUUUGUUAAACGGAAUUAUUGAGUAAUAUAUGAACUUAUUUUUCUAGUAAGUUAGUUGCAUAUUAAUAAAUUGCCAUUUCUCUUCACUUACCGUAUAACCAAGGAGUCAGUAAGAAAUGUUGAAUGUGGCUGGAAUAGGUUGAGAACUCUUGGUCAGGAAUAAAAGAGUUUUUACCAUUUCAGUAUGUUGUGAUAUGCAGAAUGCUCCCAAAGGCAUAAAAAUCUGUUGCUAAAAUAAUUAAGAAAUUUACAGUAGCAGCAUUAAUACAUGAAGUUCAGCAUUACCUUUUCCCACAUUUUCAUGGUUAUUUAAAAAAUCUUAAAACAUACUGUUUGCUCACUCCUUGCCAUGACCACAUAUUGACAUCUACCUUUCUUGGAAGAUAACAUUGGUUCUAUACCUGUUGUAGUCUUGAAUUGGUAGUGUGAAAGGAAGGGCAUCAGAAGACUGUCUUUUAUUUAACUUAGAAUUUGAGCCUGUCAUAAAUAGUGACUUGGAAGACCUGGUUGGGCAUGAUAUGUGUAGUGCCUGGUAUAGUAUUUUAUUCUGUGGUGCUGAAAAUGGAGGCUGAAAUUAUCAGUUGAUAAGCAGUAUUGAGAAACCACAAGGUUUGCAGAUUAAGAAACAGGGGAAACAGAAAUGUGGAAUACUGGACAAUGUCACUGUGAUUUCUUUUUAUCUCCCAUAAAAGCACUGGACUAUUGUUUCUCAUAAAGUUCUAAUAUGUUUCUAGACUUUUAACAAUAGUCAUAAUGUUAUCUUGUUCUGCAUUGUUUUGUUAUCUCAUCAGUCUGUGCUGUUCAUUUAUUAAACUGUUGUUUCCUCUGUAUUUUUAUAUUUAUUUUUGUUAUAAACUGAUUUUUUGAAAUAUUAAUCUUUUAUCUUAAUAUUUUAUUAGUGUUUCAUUCUGUCAUCUGUUACUAUUCUGUAAAAUGUUGUUAAUCUGUUAAAUUAUUCCAUGAGCUGAAGAACAUAACAAAACAUGAAGAACAAAUGUGAACAUAGUUUAUGCACACAUAAAUACAAUACAAACUUUGUAUUUAUCCUUGACAUUUUUGGUGUUCUGUUUGAUCAGUCAUAUGCAAGGAACAACAUAUGAGUCUAUUCUGUUUUUAUGUCUGUCUGUUACAUUUUACAUCUGAAAUUGUGCUGCCAUCUAUUAGUGGUCCUACAAAUUACGUGUUCUACCAGAAAAUAACUUGGGAAGGACUGAUCAGAUAUUCAUAAAAUUUGGUAUGGGGGUUAUGCCAUUAGAGAUAAGUCCAGGCUUCUGUUUCUUAAGCACCAUUUUGCUUGGUGUUGUUCCUCUUAUAAUCAUGAACAAGUUUGUCACCAGUAGUAGAAAGCAUUUGGUGGUUUUAGCUGCAGAUGGUGGUGCUGUUUAGAGCUGUCUUGGUUUAUGUUUUCUGUUUGUGACAACAUUACAGUGAAACAAAAGCAAGGGGAAAGUGAGUGCUGAUUGAUUUACAAAAGUAUUCUGGUCCCAUUUGUCGCUAUUAGAAGUAGGCAGUUUGUAUUUUACUUCAGAACAAUAUUUAGUGAAAGAAAAAAUUCUGACUUAUCAUUCAAACUAAUAAAUUUUAUUUUCUGUGAAUUUAAGACUUAUGAGGAGGAAUUGUCUUGAGUAAAUCCAGUGAUAUAUAUCAAAAUUGUUUACAUGAUCUACUUCACAUUUUGAAUGGCAUAUUUGUCUAAAUGUUGUCUUGUGGUUUACGUUUUUAACUUUCAUAUGUUUAUAAAAUUGCUAAAGUAAAAAAAUAUGCAAGAGACUGAUCUUCACAACAUGUUGUAGUAUUGUUGGUUUCUGUGUUUACUGUGUAAUGUUCAUUUUGUAUAGCAAAUUGUUGACAGAACAAAGAUUCUUAUCCCUUUAGACCUUUCCAAUAAUCCAGACGUCUUAUUAUUAUUCUAAAUUAAAGUAUAAAAUAUUUUAUUUUCUCAUCAUGUGACUUCCUUAAAGUCCCUUUGUAUCCGUGUUGUCAAAGAGAAUUUCACUUCUGUAGCCCUUCCUCUCGGCUCCUUACUCAUUUUGUGUGAUGAAACUGUCUCCAUUAAGUGAUAAAAAUUAAUUUGUUAUAACUGCAGUAAGUAAGUCAAACUAUUACAAUAAUAAAUCAAUUUGUUAUGGUUUUUGGCAGCUGAAGAUAACAAAUCAGCAAAUAUUUAA